GCUAUAUCGCGCCCAUCCUCGAGUGUGAAUCCUUCAAGCACGAUGUGGCGAAGUUGGAGAACUGGUGGGAUCCACAGGCGAAGAUCCACAGCGAGACUGCCGGGUUCAUCGUUGGAGUCUUCUCCAUCGGAUGCAUUUGCGUAUCCUUCCCGCCAGUCAGCAGCUACUUCCUCGACGUUUGGGGGCGGACGCCUAUCCGCAUGCAGGAAGGGCUCCAUCAUCCUCGGGAGCUUCAUUUUUUUGGCGGGCUCCUGGGUGCAGGUGGGCGCCUACUCCGUGACAUCCUUUUGCAUCGGGCGCCUGAUCGCGGGAUGCUCGAUUGGCCUCCUCAGCACGGUGGUAGCACUUUAUCAAAGCGAGGUUGCCCCUGCGCACCGUCGUGGGGGCCUAACUUCGCUGUACCAGUUCAACAUCACUUUGGGCAUCCUCGUGGCAGCAGCAGUGGACGUCCCCUUGGUGAAGCAGGGAGGCGGCUGGAGGAUCGCGAUCAUCCUCCAGUCCUUUCCAGCGCUCUGCCUCUU